GCCAAAUAUUAGACUGGAGAGGAGCGUGCUCACCCCUAAUUAACCCAUAAUCCUACUACACUUGAAUCUCCCGCAGAACCCUAGUUAACCCCUCAAUAGGAGCAGGAGUCUGGCUUUCAACCGGGCACACUGAAGUGGAAAUGAAGCUGAGAGUAUAGACCACAGCCGCAAACAGAGUACUUUCGAAUGAAAUGAAAUGAAAGUGAUGAUGAAUUGUAAAUCCGCAGCACUAUGGUCCCGCGUAAUUCUCAACCAACUCCGACUAAUCACUGCAUCAUCGUCAUCAGCUGUGGGAACAUCCAAGCUGCUGCGGCCAUCAUCGAAGUUUCCUGCAGCUCCACGAUUCUUCUCAUCGAGGCAGUCACAGGGAAACUUUGACAGUUUUCUGUUCCAGGAACGUAGGGAUCUGCUCAAGGAGAAGGAGGAGAGGUUAAAGCAGGGAUUGGACACUGCCGAUCUCGAUGCUCGUGCCGCAGAGCUCGACAAGCGCGAGGAGAAUAUCAAGAAAUCUUCCUCUUCCUACGAAGAGCCCACGGACUCAGAUUCGGAUGAUGACGAUGAACAAUGGGGCGCUGAAGCCCUGGAUAGACGAUGGGUUGUAUUUGAGAAGAAGUUCGAGCGCCAUGAACAGCUCCUUAAGAAUUUCACUGAUGCCGAGACUCUUGAUGAAGCACACAAAUGGAUGAGUAGAAUCGAUAAGUUUGAGCAGAAGCAUUUCCCUCUUAAAUCAGAGUACCGCGUGAUUGGUGAGCUUAUGAACCGCUUGAAAGUGGCUGAGGGUAAAGAAAAAUUUUUACUCCAAGUGAAGAUAAACCGGGCACUUAGGAUGGUCAGAUGGAAGGAAGCCUAUGAUCCGAAUGAUCCAGCCAAUUAUGGAGUCAUUCAACGUCAAGUUGUUGGGUCCUCUGUUGAUGCUUCUGAGCGAGUUGAGUUUGAUGAGGAAGAUAAGAAGGCUAAAGGAGCACAACAUGAUAGUGAUGAUGAGUUAGAGUUUGAUGACAUGAAAGAAAGGGAUGAUAUAUUGUUGGAGAAGCUUAAUACUAUUGAUAAGAAGCUUGAAGCAAAGCUGGCAGAACUGGAACACACUUUUGGGAGGAAGGGAAAGCACCUCGAGGAGCAAAUUAGAGAUCUUGCUGAUGAGAGGAACUCUUUGACUGAGAAGAAGAGACAGCCUCUCUACCGGAAAGGAUUUGAUGUGAAACCAAUUUGUGUCAAUAAGACAUACAAGGUUACAAAGGGGGGGAGAAUCAUGAGGUACACUGCUUUGCUAGCCUGUGGGAACUACAAUGGUGUCAUUGGUUUUGCGAAAGCAAAGGGUCCAGCAGCCCCUAUUGCCAUUCAAAAGGCAUAUGAGAAAUGCUUUCAGAAUCUCCAUUAUAUUGAGCGGCAUGAAGAACAUACCAUUGCACAUGCAGUCCAAACAAGUUAUAAAAACACUAAGAUCUAUCUCUGGCCUGCACCCACUCAAACAGGAAUGAAAGCAGGCAGAACUGUUCAAACAAUUCUAAAUUUGGCUGGUUUCAAGAAUGUGAAAUCAAAGGUUGUUGGAUCAAGGAAUCCUCAUAAUACAGUUAAGGCCAUAUUUAAAGCUCUAAAUGCAAUUGAGACACCAAAAGACGUCCAAGAGAAGUUCGGUCGUACUGUUGUUGAGUCAUACCUGCUACAAUAGGUAUGGUUGAAGUUGUCUUUCAUUAAUUAUUAUUGAUGCGGCAGUCUUUGUGAUGAAGAUGCUUAAGAUAUGUACCAAACAAAUAACAAAAGUAUGGUUUUUUUAUACUGCUAUGUUGUAGUAAAAAAGCUAAGAAACAGUCCCCUUUCCAACCUAUUUACCAAUAUUAAUCCCUUGUUUUUAUUUUCGGUAGUGUUCAUUCAUCAUGCUUUGUACUGCACGAUAACCUUACUUCUGACCAUUGUAAAUACAAAGCCGGUUUGGUAAGGGGGAAAUUUAGCUAGUUUCUGAAAUUGUGAUUGAAUUAGCUGAAUGAGCAGUUUCAGCAAAUAAUGCAACUCCUGAACUGCUCCUUUCUACUCCUGGGCAAUAAUGUUGUCAAAUAAGCUAUUGUGUUCUACGAAGCUAAUAAGCAAAAAAAAUCUUCUGCCAAGCAGGCACAUAAUGUUUCCUUGCACAAUAUAGUGAAUAUUGUAGUACUCUUAGUGCUUCAGUUGCACCGCAUGAUGAAGUUUAUGUGCUUUGGUAGGCAUUGCAGAAAAACUGAUACUUGCAUGCUCCAAAGGUGAUGCAUGCAGAACUACUGCAUUCUUCAUGAAUCAUGAGCAUACAUGUCCUCCAUCUAAUUUAUACGUAGUAUUUUCUUUUGCUUUUUGGAGUUGUAAUUUCUUAAAAUGGGGGUUGUAGCAUGUAGGUUACUUCAAUUGACUAUUUGAGAAUUGAGAAUUUGUGGAAAUGUAUUUAUUUUUUCCCAAAUCCUAUAUUUAAUUGGUAGUAAACAUUAUGGCACAUUGACACAUGUUUAUUUGUAAUUCAUUGUUGGCGAUCUAGAGAAAGUAAAACAUGUAGUGCUAAUAAUCUGAAGAUGUUACUACAAUCUAAAGAUCUUACGAAUGCUAAUGUGGUCUAUUGCUU